AUGGAGCAAAAAAAGAGUGACGAAUCGAUUGACAUCGCAAUCAACCAUGUCCAUCACGCGCUGGACCACCCUCGAUACAUAGAAUCGACUGGAGAAACCAACAACUUGGCGCACGUAAUUACAGAAGUAAGCUCUCAAGUUCCAGCCUCAGCAACUGGAGACCCAGCGACUGAUUUGCUGGAGACAAUAAUCCAGGAGACCAGUUCUAGUUUAUUAGCACGUCAGAGUGUUGAAAGCAACCCGGUAUCACCUAAGAGGAGCUUCUGGUCCAAGCUAUUCGCGAAAAAGUCCCAGGAUGGAGCUUCGAUAGCGUCCAUUGGGUCAGGAAAUGACUCAUCAGCUUCAUCGACGGCGUUGAAGGCCGCAGAAGAGCAGGUCGCUCAGCUGGAAGCUUCUGGCCCCGCGGAUCUGACUUCGGUGAGCGCUUUGAGCCGGGAAAUAAAUCGUAAGAUCUGCGUCUGGUCCUCCGGAAUGUCGCUGAGGCACGAGGUUGGCGCCUCAAGACCCGGAGAGCCACUUAACGUUCAAUUUCACUCCCAGCUUGAGGAUAUAGUGGGCCACUGGAGUCUCCUGGGAAAUUUGGACCCCCAGGAAGCUUCUAGCGGUCUCAACGACUGCCUAUUCAACGCCAUUGCAGCCCAGACUGGUCUGAGACCCGCAGAAUUGAGGGAAGCGACCGUAGCACGCAUGAAAACCAACAUCCGGAGCGUGGCACGCAGGAUCCAGGACCUGGCCCGUCAAGAGUCCUGUGAUAGGAUUGUCCUGAUGGUAGGCGGCGCCAAGUACCAAGGAACCACCGCUGAAGAUGCUGGACGCGUCCUAGACGAGUCUCAGUACGGACAAGGUCACCCUUCUAACGCACCAGGACACCCCAGAGGCCACGCUUCGAACCCCAGAGCUCAAGGGAUCAGGGAGAGCGUCCAGAACUACUCUAUCAGCGAUGUCAAGGAGGGUUUCCUCAGUAUCGAGGACCAGAACCACGCUGCUAACCUUGUCCUCAACACGGAUGCCGCUCAGCACGCCAUGAUGGCGCUCAACGCCGGCUGCACCCGAGUCGCCAUCAGCAUCCCAGCUUCCGCCAUCGACGGCGACCUUCCCAAGGCUGCUGAGUAUGCUGAUGGGGUCGCUGGACCCAGCAAGGACAUCAAGGACCUGGUCCUCGUGCUCCAGCACCAUGCUAACCAUCACCAGAACCCGGACUAUGAUGUUUUUAUUCACAGUUUCUACCCAAAAUUACGAGACUAA